UCGGAGGUCCAGGGGCGUGCUUGCCCCCCUGAGGACCGCGGGGCACCAUGGGUAACACGGAGAGCAACGUCACCAGCGGCGUCAAGAAGCAGGCCGGGGUCUCCACGCAGUCGCUCUACAAGCUCGUCGACCUCAAAGGCGGGGGGCUGCUGGUGGACAUGAUGAAGAGGGCGUCGGUCACCAAGCAGUACGCAGAGCUGGACCACGCCAUCAAGACCAAGGUGGAGCCCUUCCUCUACAACAAGGGCGACGGCAGGAUGAUCCCCAUAUCCAAGCUGGUGCUGCUGCGGAACAAGGAGCGCUCCAGGACCAAGAUGCUGCCCGUUUUGAAGGCCAUGGAGAACCCUGAAGACUACGAUAUAAACAAAGAUCUGACGGAAGAAGACAGCAAGCUUGACCCGAGCCUGUGCCGGGAGGUGUGCUGGGACUUGAACGAGCGGGGGGCGGUGGGGGAGACCAUCCUGCACCUGUGUCUGCUCAACGCCACCUCCGUCCACGCAGACAUCGCCAAGAGGCUGCUGCGCUUCUACCCCAAGCUCAUCAACGACAUCUACAUGAGCGACGAGUACUACGGAGAGAGCGUGCUGCACGUGGCCAUCGUGAACGAGGACCCCUCCAUGGUGAAGUUCCUGCUGGACAGCGGCGCCGACCACCACGAGCGCUGCUUCGGCAACUUCAUGUCGCCCGAGGACCAGAAGGCGUCGAGGAGCGACUCGCAGGACCACGAGUGGGUCAACGUCAACCCGGCCACCGACUACGAGGGCUAUGUAUACUGGGGAGAAUAUCCCCUGAGUUUCGCGGCUUGCCUGGGACAGGAAGAAUGCUACAGGCUCAUACUCGCUAGGGGUGCCAACCCUGACAACCAGGACACAAAUGGCAACACUGUGCUGCACAUGCUCGUCAUCUACCAGAGACUGAGCACGUUCGACAUGGCGUACGAGCUGGGCGCCUCGCUGGCGGUGCGCAACGUGCUCAACCUCACCCCGCUCACGCUCGCGGCCAAGCUCGCCCGCAUCGAGAUGUUCUUCCACAUCCUCAACAUCGAGCGGGAGAUCUACUGGCAGAUCGGUAGCAUCACCUGCGCUGCUUACCCACUAUCUCAGAUAGACACCAUCGACAUACAGACUGGCAAGAUAAGCAAGGAUUCUGCUCUCAACCUGGUGGUGUUCGGGGACAAGGACGAGCACCUGGAGCUGAUGGACGGAGUUCUGGUCGACCUCCUGAACGCCAAGUGGAACGCGUUCGUUAAAUUCAGGUUCUACCGGCAGUUCUUCCUCUUCCUGCUGUACUUCCUCUUCUCCCUGGUGUGCUUCACGCUGCGCCCCGGACCGCCGAUGGCCACCAAGGUCCAGGCGGCGGCGGCGAACAGCACCGCCAGAGAGCCGCCCAGGAACUUGUCCGUCGCUGUCCACCCGGGGGCGGUGACUACGACCCCGCCGCCGCCGCCGGAGGCGCUCGUCCUGGGAGACGCCUCCGCGCCGCCGCCGCCGCACAGGGAGCUGCCCGGAGGAGGCGGCACACCCUCCCCCGCCCCCGAGCGCGCCGCGGAGGGGCGUGACCUCGCCUCGCCGCCCCCCGAGGACGCGGGUCGGACGACGACGGCGGCGGGUCCCGCCCCCAAGCCGGGCGAGGAGGAGGAGGACUGGUGGGACGAGCUGCAAGGGGAGUGCCGCCUCAUGCAGUUCGCCGGCACGGAGGCGCGCAUCAGGCUCGGCGCAGAGAUGGCCAUGGAGCUGGGCGCCGGGCUGUACAUCCUGGCGGCCGCGAGGGAGGCACGCUUCCUCGGGCUCGGCAUGUUCGUGCAGAACCUGAUGACGGCGCCGUCACGCGUCAUGUUCCUCAGCUCGUGCAUCCUCAUGCUGUUCAUGCCCAUGCUGCGGCUGGGCUGCCUCACCGAGGCGGAGGACGUGGUGGCGGUGUUCGUGAUGCUCACCACGGCGCCCUACUUCCUCUUCUUCUGCAGGGGUUUCAAAACUGUCGGUCCGUUCGUGGUAAUGAUAUACAGAAUGGUCAUGGGUGAUCUCCUAAGAUUCGUCUGCAUAUAUCUUGUUUUCGUGAUGGGAUUUUCGCAAGCGUAUUACAUCAUAUUCUUGUCUUUCGACAACCCCAAAACGCCGGAAGGCGUGGACGACACCGUGUCGAACCCCAUGCCCAGCCCCAUGGAGUCCGUCAUGGCCAUGUUCCUCAUGUCCAUGACCAACUUCGGCGACUACUUCAGCACUUUCGAGCAGACCGACCACGAGAUAGAGGCCAAGUUUUUAUUUGUAGUGUACAUGGCCAUCGUUGCUAUACUGCUCAUCAACAUGCUGAUAGCUAUGAUGGGGAACACCUACCAGAAGAUAGCAGAGACGAGGAACGAGUGGCAAAGACAGUGGGCCCGCAUCGUGCUGGUGGUCGAGAGAGGCGUCAGCCCUUCGGAGCGGCUCAAGAAGCUAAUGUCGUACUCGCAGCCCAUGUCGGAUGGUCGACGCGCUCUCGUGCUCCGCCUUAACCAAAGCGAGGAGGACAAAGAAGAGAUGAAGGAAAUACUGGAGAUGAAACGCGUGCACGACCGCAUGGUGAAGAAAAGACUGCAGAAAGGGCAGAGCAGGAUAUCCGCCAGCCCCAGCCCCAAGAGGCUCAUUUGAAGAAGGAAAAAAUAUUAUCCCGACCGUUACCAAGGCUUUGCUUCGCCU